GUCGAGAGCUCGUCUGGGCCGGCGCGUACACACGCAUGUUUAGCAGAUUUGAAACCAACAGUUGUUGGUCCUAGAGUGCAACACAAGGACGAGUUCACCUGCAAAGGGGGUGUCGACGCCGGAAGACUUGUCAAUCUAGCUCGCAAGGGCUUGUAUUCGACGGCAAAGGAGAUGGGCGGGAAUGUUCUCCUCGAGGAAAGAUGGGACUGCGAGAUCCGGCAUCCUAGAUACCAGCGCCGCGACCAAUUCAAAGUCACAAUUCAUUACUCGGCCACGGUAGCCCGAUCAUGCAGGCCUGAUGCACAGAAACCUGUUGAAAUUGAAGCAGCUAAAGGUAUAAGGGGAUUAAUGACCGUUAUAGAUCGU